AUGCCUGUGGAUGGUUUCUCGCCCCCGGCCGACACGAACGUGCGCCUACGCUAUGAUGGCCACCUGACGUGGGACAGUCCGGCCAUUGUCCACUCCGCCUGCCCACUGGACAUCCGCCUCUUCCCCUUUGACUCUCAGCGCUGCCCUCUGACGUUUGGCUCAUGGAGCCACGGGGUGGGGGGGCUGCGGCUGAGGGCGGGGGGGCUGCCGGGGGGGGGCUUGGAGGACCUGGUGCAGCCGGCAGGCUGGCAGGUGACCGGGCUGACGGUCAGCGACGGCACAAGCCCGGCCGGGCGAGAAACCGUCGCCCGCCUCACCUACACGCUGAGCCUCCGCCGCUGCCCCGCCGCUCCCCUCCGCAACCUCCUGCUGCCCCCCGCCCUCAUCUCUGCCCUCGCCCCCCUCGCCCUCUGCCUGCCCGCACCCUCCGGCGAGAGAGUAGCCCUCGGCCUCGCACUCCUCCUCGCCAUCACCUUCUACCAGCUGAUGUUGGCCGAGACCUUGCCUCCUGCCGAGACUGCCCCGAUGCUCGGCCGUUUCUACAUGGCCAGCAUGGCGGUCAUCACGACGUCCACGGCCGUGUCCGUGCUGCUCCUCGGCGUCUACCACUGCGGCCCCGAGGCCAAGCCCCUCCCCCGCUGGGUCAGAGUGGUCAUCCUCGGUCACCUGGCCAGAGUCCUGGCGAUCCGCCCGCCGGGGAACCCGCACCAUCGCCACUGCCACCGCCACACCGGGUCACAGGUCGAGGCCGGACUGACCAGUGGCCGGACAGCGCAGAGUGGAGGGGCAACUGGUGUGGAGGAGGGGAGUGACUGGCAGCAUCUGGCCGGGCAUGUGGAGCUGAUCGCCAGCUGUGUGCGCAGGCACAGGGCGGCAAGGCAGAGACAGCGGGAGUGGCGGAGGGUCGGCGCCGUCCUGGAACGGCUGCUGACCGGCACCUUCUUGCUGUUGGUCACCGUCACCACUCUGGCCGCACUGGCCGCGGCGCUGUAG